GUGAAGAGCGAGCUGAAGAAGAUCCAGACAGUCCUGAGUUCAGAUGACCCAGAAUGCUUAGAGAGUCAGAGGGAGGAUGAGGAGGUGUUGGACGGUGAGGAUGAGGAGGUGUUGGACGUUGAGGAUGAAGAGCAGAGGAGGAGCAGAGAGGCCUUUCUGAACAUCUCACUGCACUUCCUGAGGAGCAUGAAGCAGGAGGAGCUGGCUGACCGUCUGCAGAGCAGAACUGCUGCUGCAGUCUGUCGACGUAAACUCAAAUCCACCCUGAAGGAGAGGUUCCAGUGUGUGUUUGAGGGCAUCGCUAAAGCAGGAAACCCAACCCUUCUGAACCAGAUCUACACAGAGCUCUACAUCACAGAGGGGGGGUCUGCAGAGGUCAAUGCUGAACAUGAGGUCAGACAGAUUGAAACAGCAUCCAGGAAACCACACAGACCAGAAACAACCAUCAGACAAGAAGACCUCUUUAAAGCCUCACCUGGAAGAGAUGCACCAAUCAGAGCAGUGCUGACAAAGGGAGUGGCUGGCAUUGGGAAAACAGUCUUAACACAGAAGUUCACUCUGGACUGGGCUGAAGGCAAAGCCAACCAGGACAUCCAGUUCAUAUUUCCAUUCACCUUCAGAGAGCUGAACGUGGUGAGAGAGAACAAGUACAGCUUGGUGGAACUUGUUCAUCACUUCUUCUCUGAAACCAGAGACGCAGGAAUCUGCAGGUUCGAUCAGUUCCCGGUCGUGUUCAUCUUUGACGGUCUGGAUGAGAGUCGACUUCCUCUGGACUUCCUCAACACUGAGAUCCUGACUGAUGUCACAGAGUCCACCUCAGUGGAUGUGCUGCUGACAAACCUCAUCAGGGGGAAGCUGCUUCCCUCUGCUCGCCUCUGGAUAACCACACGACCUGCAGCAGCCAAUCAGAUCCCUCCUGAGUGUGUGGACAUGGUGACAGAGGUCCGAGGGUUCACUGACCCACAGAAGGAGGAGUACUUCAGGAAGAGAUUCAGAGAUCAGGAGCAGGCCGGCACCAUCAUCUCCCACAUCAAGACCUCACGAAGCCUCCACAUCAUGUGCCACAUCCCACUCUUCUGCUGGAUCUCUGCUUCAGUUCUGGAGGAGGUGUUGAAAACCAGAGAGGGAGGAGAGCUGCCCAAGACCCUGACUGAGAUGUACAGCCACUUCCUGGUGGUUCAGUCCAAAGUGAAGAUCAUCAAGUUUGAUGGAGGAGCUGAGACAGAUGCACACUGGAGUCCAGAGAGCAGGAAGAUGAUGGGGUCUCUGGGGAAACUGGCUUUUGAGCAGCUGCAGAAAGGCAACCUGAUCUUCUAUGAGUCUGACCUGACAGAGUGUGGCAUCGAUAUCACAGCAGCCUCAGUGUACUCAGGAGUGUUCACACAGGUCUUUAGAGAGGAGAGAGGACUGUACCAGGACCCGGUGUUCUGCUUCGUCCAUCUGAACGUUCAGGAGUUUCUGGCUGCUCUUCAUGUCCAUCUGACCUUCAACACCUCUGGAGUCAACCUGCUGGCAGAAGAACCAACAACCGCCUGGCUGCCUAAAGUCUGCAGACCCAAACCUACACUAACACAUCUCUACCAGAGUGCUGUGGACCAGUCCUUACAGAGUCCAAACGGACACCUGGACUUGUUCCUCCGCUUCCUCCUGGGUCUUUCACUAGAGACCAAUCAGAAACUCCUACAAGGCCUGCUGUCAAAGACAGGAAGUGGCUCAGAGACCAAUCAGGAAACAGUCCAGUACAUCAAGAAUAAGAUGGAUGAGAAUCUGUCUCCAGAGAGAAGCAUCAACCUGUUCCACUGUCUGAAUGAACUGAAUGAUCGUUCUCUAGUGGAGCAGAUCCAACAGUCCCUGAGAUCAGGAAGUCUCUCCACAGAUAAACUCUCUCCUGCUCAGUGGUCAGCUCUGGUCUUCAUCUUACUGUCAUCAGAAGAAGAUCUGGACGUGUUUGACCUGAAGAAAUACUCUGCUUCAGAGGAGGCUCUUCUGAGGCUGCUGCCAGUGGUCAAAGCCUCCAGGAAAGCCAUGCUGAGUGGCUGUAAGCUGUCAGAGAGAAGCUGUGCACCUCUGUCCUCACUCCUCAGCUCCCAGUCCUCUAGACUGAGAGAGCUGGACCUGAGUAACAACGACCUGCAGGAUUCAGGAGUGGAUCUGCUGUCUGCUGGACUGAAGAGUCCACACUGUGAGCUGGAGACUCUCAGGCUCUCAGGCUGUCUGGUCACAAACAAAGGCUGUGCUUCUCUGACCUCGGCUCUGAGCUCCAACCCCUCCCAUCUGAGAGAGCUGGACCUGAGCUACAAUCAUCCAGGAGACUCAGGAGAGAAUAUGCUGUCUGUUCUACUGGAGGAUCCAGACUGGAGACUGGAGACUCUCAGAGUGGACCAUGGUGGAGAGAAGUGGUUAAAACCAGGUCUGAGGAAGUAUGCCUGUGAACUGGAGCUGGACACAAACACAGCACAAAGAAACCUCAAACUGUCUGACAACAACAGGACGGUGACACGUGUGAGAGAGAAGCAGCCAUACCCUGAUCAUCCAGAGAGGUUUGGCUUCUAUCAUCAGCUGAUGUGUAGAGAAGCUCUGACUGGUCGCUGCUACUGGGAGGUCGAGUGGAGAGGAGGGGUUGACAUAGCAGUGACUUACAGAGGAAUCAGGAGGAAAGGAGGCAGGGGGGACUGUUGGUUUGGAUGCAAUGAUCAGUCCUGGAGUCUGAGCUGCUCUGGUGGUCGUUACUCUGUCAAGCACAAUAAGAGAAGAACAUUCCUCUCCUCCUGCUCCUCCUCUCUCUCUCCUCUCUCUCCUCUCUCUCCUCCCUCUACUCCCGUUUCUUAUCCUCCCCCUCCUCUUCCCUCUCCUCUCUUUCCUCCAUCUCCUCUCUCUCCUCUCUCUCCUCUCUCUCCUCCCUCUACUCCCGUUUCUUAUCCUCCCCCUCCUCUUCCCCCUCCUCCUCCUCCUCCUCCUCCUCCUCUGGUAGAGUAGCAGUGUAUCUGGAUCAUCCUGCUGGCUCUCUCUCCUUCUACAGAGUCUCCUCUGACACACUGACCCACCUCCACACCUUCAGAACCACAUUCACUGAACCUCUGUAUGCUGGGUUUCGGAUCUGGUCACAUGACUCCUCAGUGUCUCUGUGUUCUCUGUAGGAGAAGUGGUUUAAAUGUUGUACAGAAGGCUUCACCUUGGUUAACAUUUGUUUCAAUGAUUGUGCGUAAUUGAAGAGGCAUUUAGUUUUUCUGCUCUGUAUGUCUGUGUAACGGAGAGGAUCUUAGGAGACAUAUAGAUCUCAGACUCCAUUAGCUUCCUCAUUGGUGAAGCACAUUGGUUGCAACACAUAUGAACAUUGGAUAUGCAUUCCUGGGUCGCAGGAAAAUAUAUAUAGGCAAUAAUACAAUAAGUAAGAUUUAAAACAUAUGUUUCUUGUUACAAAUGCAGUUUGUUAACCUUAUAAUUGAAUACACAUAUAUAGCGUGAGCAGGGCCGUAUCCAGGAUUUCCUAAAUACCGAGGUCCAAACAUGUUAGGGGGGUUCGGGGGAUACACCCCGAGAUUUUUGGGAUUUUCAUGAUCUAGUUGGGUGCUUUUUCAGUCCUGUGGGGGGUCACACAUUGGAUAAUAUAUUGAUUUCAAAUCAUGUCAGUGGGCUGACAAUGUCAGCAUCAAUUAUUUUUGAAAGUGUAAUACAUAAGAAUUAUUUAAUGCUUGUUUGUUAUUUUGCAGUAAUGUUUGUCAUUGUUUAACGUCUUCAUCUUAAUUGUAAGCAAUGGUACCUCCUAAAUAGUGGGGCUAUAAAGGCUCUUAGUGCCAUUGUUGGGUUGGUACAGGUUGGUUACAGUCGGUGGUGUUGCAGAGUUCAGCAGGCCUGGCUGUUUGCCAUGCCCUUGUAAAUAGGUGUAAAUAUAGUGAAUAGUGUAAAUAAAUGCCCACGCUGACAGUUGGCUGGAUGUUCUGCCUCCUUACUGUUGGUCGACCGCUCAUAGGUCGACCUAACCGUCUGAAACAAUCUCCCAGUAAUUACACAUUUUAAUAUUUUUGUAAAGUAUUUUUAAUUGCUUUGUUGUUGAAUGUGAUGUAAAGUUAAACUUGCCUUUCCUUUGCUGGAAGAAAUAUUAGAUCUCUUCCUAAAAAUAGUGAAAUGAUCUCCUUGGCGUUGAGCUAGUUGUGUUCAAACCAAUGUGACUUAUAUUCAGUUUAAUAACGCUUUGUUUGGAGCAGCAUCUAAUAGCUGCUAAUAAUCGAUGUAUUCAUUGUUCAAUAAAGGUUUGAAGACAAAA